GGGCAUGUGGGUGUAAAUACAUCAAAAGUGAUCAAAGCUAUAUAAUUCAAAUUAUUCCCUCACCUAUAGGAUAAUUUACAGGUCAAACAUGCCUCCCAAGCGGAAGCGUUCCGGCAAUGGACCCGAGCAAAGGAGUGAGACGCGCAACAAGCCUUAUGCCUACUUGAAGCCCCAGGUCCGGCAGGUCUCCGAAAGGACCAUCAAAUCCAAGUGGUCCACACUUCCGGAGCCGGUUCAAGACAGGGUGCGCGAUAUGUUCCGGGCCCUGGAGCGUCCAGUUAUUGUAAGACAGCAUAACGAGGGCAAACGCAUCGAAGCACAGGCUGCUGUUCAAGCUGUUGUGAAAAAUCUGGGAAAGCGGCUUCCGCGCAUGCCAUUUCCUCCAGUCACGAAAGACUCUGUCUUUGAGUACGAGGCAGCGCUCAAGGAGCAUUGUUCCUUGGAGGCUACUUUAGCCACAGUGACUGAUAGUAUCGAUCUCUUGAAGGCUGAAGUCGAAAAGGAAGAAGCUAUGCUCGAAAGAGAGAAGAAGCAACUGCAGGAAAUGGAGAGGAAUGCGAAGCGAGCAGAAGCGGAGAGGAAGAGGCAAUCGAAGAACGAGCACCCUGUUCUGCGGCAGGUCGACAGCUUGCCUGACGAGUAUAACCAGAAGCAGUCCGAUUUUACCCUUGCGGGAGGAAAAGAAACCCAAACGAUGUUCGACGAGCUUGAAAAUGACCCAGAGGUCUCGAAUAUCCUGAAACAACUGACUGGGCAUCUGAAGUCAAUGCAAAACAAUACCGCACCCGUUGCCGGUUUGAAGGACGCAAUUGGCAGGUCGCAUGCAGCAUUGAGUCUAACAUUUAUGCCCGAAGACUGAAACCACAAACAUAUGCAUCAAUGGCAAGUCCAAAACGAUUGUGCUGUUACAGUUUGUACGCCGUCUGGAGCGCGUACUCGAAGAUGCAAGCCUCAUGCCAGUCUUCAAGAUCUCUUGGAAAACAAGUCAUGCGCAGGACGGUAUUUGAUAUCCUACGGUCGAUCAAGGCAUCGCGAGCUAGUUUGACGCUACGUACCUGGAAGGUCUACCGCAUCGACUUUGUAUAUAUCCCUCACAGGACACCAGUGAUAUAUGGGGCUAAACGAAUUCCCGCCCCUCGGAGAAUUGGUCCUCCUAUUCAGGACAAGCUGGGCCUCAUCGC